AUGGAGAUUCAUUACAGCAUCUCCUUUGGCCUCCAGGCUGUGGGCUAUGGAGACAGCCACAUACCAACCACUGCCUUCCUCAUCAACAGCUUGCCCCUUCCUGUCCCACUCGACAAAGUGUUACCUUCACCGCUGGACAGCAUUGUUUCCCUCUUGGAUCCAUUAAAGCGUCUUCUGAGAACUCUUGGCAUUUCGGUCGAGCACCUUGUGGAAGGGCUGAGGAAGUGUGUGGACGAGCUGGGACCGGAGGCUUCUGAAUCUGUGAAGAAACUGCUGGAGGCCCUGUCAUAUUUGGUGUGA